GCAUUCUCUAUGAGAAUCUCUCUACAUGUGUCUUGUUUAAAUGUCAUAGUUUCGCCAUUGAUCGUGCUAGCAGCAACGAUUUGCAAGUCUGAUGAAUGCUAGGAAGAAAUGAAGAACCCACAAACACGUAGCUUAUGUCAGCAGAAAAUUCCCACUCACAAGAUCACUUUAAUUCUCAUCCCAAACUUGCUUUGUAUUUUGAAGAGAAUAUAGAGCUCACGUGCAUCCCCCAGCCCUGUAUCAUUGUUUAUUUGCAAGAGGUAAAUGGUAGCGCGAAUUUUAAUUGAAAAUUAGAUAUUCUGUAUUCGCUAUCGUGUAGCUGGUUUUUGCUUCCUGUAAGAGUUCUUUUUUAUUGUUUUGUUCGUCAAAUUCUCAAUUAAAGCUUAAAUUUGAAUGAAGCGACUAAAGCUAAAGGUCUGUUUUUUUCACCCCAAGAAGUACAAAAUAAUCGCAUGUUUACCAUUGGUUCAGUUGCGCAGAGUUGGUGCAAAUGCGUUUUUCAAUGCAACAUUGAUAAUGUUACCUUCGAACAGUUGAAAAAAUCUUUGAUCGUAUGAACGCACAUAAGCGUAGGAGACGCAGGCAUAAUUAAUUGUAUUUCAAGCUCCAUUCGGUCAGUUCUAUUUCAAUGAAGCGAUCGAUAAUUUUAGGGAAGAUCCAUACUUAGCCCCCCUGGCGCUUUGCAUUCACUUCGUCCAUGCGAACACAUGUUAGGUGUAUCAACUUUUUAUCUGGUUUGAUCCCUGCUAAGCUUUCAUAAUGUACUACCAGGGUGGCAAACGACCCUCUACUCUUCCACAGAGGCUAUUAGGGAGGGAGACGGAGAGGGAAAAAAGGAUAAAGGAGGCUGUGGAAGAUAAGGGAAGUGCGGUUUUUAGUGCACAGGCCGCAAGCAGCAAACCACUGCGCGUUCUUCAACCGUUAAAACGAUAAAUGUUGUCUGUAAUUAAGAAAUGAAAAAUACCUAUAAACAAGUCUGUUUUGAGUUUUUCGUAGUCAAUAGGAUACAUUUGUUUGUCUAUGGUCUCCUCCGUGCAAUUCUCGAGUGACUUGUGCACAUUUGUGCAUUUGAUCAUUACAAUGUCGCUAAAUCUCUCCACGUCAAUUGUCUCAAAGUGUUGUUUGGUGCCAUCUGCUUUUUUAAUAGAAUCUAAUGAUAUUUUCUACAAAUAACACAAAGCAAGCAGUUUUUCCGUUUACGACAUUAAAGUGAACCUCCUGAUGGUCUUGGGCUCCGUUUGCCACAGCAAUCACAUCUCAACGCAAGUACAAAACAUUUUCACAGAGGCUGUUUUUCGUUUUCUCUUCUCCUCCGCCCUCCUCACCACUUCUCCGCAGCUCCACCUUUUCUCACUUCCUAUCUCCCUCAGGCCCUCUCCGCGUUUUGGACAUUUAUCUGGCAACAAUACCAUCUGGAAUGUCUUCCACAAGGUGCUAUGCUAAUCAGCGCAAAUUGGAAAGAGCGGUGACGAUGGUUUUGAUUGUGAUUGAAAGGAUAAUGGUGGUGACCGUGAUGAUUAUGGUGUUCGCUUGUUAUGUUGCUGAUAAUCUGAGAUGGAGGUUUGCUAAGAUUGAACAUAACCCCCGGUCAUAUGUUUCAAAACCUUUCCUCUGUGAGACACAAGAGGAAAUCGUGAAAGAACCCAUUGUUUGAUUUUUAAUUAACGAGCAUUGAUAAAAUGUUUUUAAUUUAAAAUAAUCGUCAUAAAGUUUAAUUAAUGUUCAGUACUUAAAAAGCAAGUUUGUACACAAUUAAAUUCUCGUGUUGUUCGAAGGCACCAUUUAUGACGUCAUUCCAUUCCCAUUGGCCUUGCGAUCGAGUGCAACCACUGAUCAGUGAAUGCAACCAAUACGAUGAUGCAUCGAUCCUCCUCCCCAUCGUUUAGUAGUGGUCUACCGCAACGUGACGAAUGUCGUAAGCCUUCCCAAUGUGGGCCCAGCAAUUAAGGGUGUCGCAAUGCCAACGGAAAGCCUCCAGUGCAGUUAAAAUGGUUUGCGAUUAAUGCCUACAAUACUGUAGUGUCCCGCAUUUAAGAAACAUAACUUUAAGAAAAAAGAUCAUGUUUUUCAAAAAAAUAUCCCAUUUUAUAGGAAAUUGGACAGGUCUGAAAAGCAUGUUUCUUAUAAAAACUAUAUUUAUUAAAGCAUUUGAAUAAGAUAUGCAGUGCUGUUUGUCAUGCUUAAAUUAUAUGUUUUUUAUCAAAAUCAUAGAAAUUUUCCCUGAUUUGUAGUUUAUCUUAUCUUAUAAGAAAAAAGUUAGACCUGAAAUUGAAAAUAUUGUUUCUUUUAUGUGGGACACUACUGUAUAGUGUCUUAUACAAUUCUACAAAGCAAGAGAGGCGAUUAUUUUGAUGCAUAGUGAAAGAACGGUCUUUUUUAAUAAUUCUACGAAGCUUGAGCUACCACCCUAAUAUUCAAUUCUUAAAGCCCUUUUCCGGAUUUUGCUGGAUUUUGCUGGAUUUUGCUGGAGAUUGGGUAUGGCUUUUCAAGUGACACAGAAGCUCGAAACGACACAGAAGAAAUUUCUAUCAUUAAUUUUUAUGAACAACUGAUAAGUAAAAAGUCCUCUUCAAAGUGUUUAUUUUUUAAGGAAAUUCGUUCUUCGUUAUUAUUGAGAUAGUUGUAUGUUUGUAAUUCUAAUAAAUAUCCUGUCGUUUCAGAUGUGAACGAGUAGAUCUGAAGCGUGGUUGCUGUUGUUCUUUGUUUGCUCCUGUCGUGCCCUUUUUGGCACGAUGCCGCGGACAGAACUUUCCUAGUGUACCCCCGUGACUUUUCACUACACCUUUGUUUCAGAAUUGUAUGAAUUGGAUCGAUUUUUAAUCCUAUUGUAGAGGGUAAAACAAGUGAAUCUUUGGCAAAUGUGUGGUUGAGAACACUGCACACAUCCUACAGUUGGAGGAGCAAAUUUUGUCGAAGGUUGAAUGGAUUCGUUUUGAACGGGGAGAAUACAUUAUCAAGAUACCGUCUUCCGUGAUUUGACUACAAAUAGCCUGAGGGACCCCUUUUGUCAGUUUGUGUGGAUCGUGACGGCCGUGUUAAGGACUUAUUUCUACGUACCCAAAACAGGAGCCGUUCUCAACGAAUGUGAUAAAACCCAGAUAAAGUGAAACUCAAGCAAAGAGCAUCAGUCAGUUUUCAUCAUGGCAAGGAAUUUCCGCAGUAUUUGGCACAACCAUAUUUGGAAGUUAGCAAUUUUUGUUUUUCUGUUAACUGCAAACCUUGUCAUCUUCUACAAAACCUACCGAAAAUAUCACGAAGAAGCCCAAUACUUUUACUUACAUCAAAUGCUUGGGGACUCCCUGUGUAUUGCCCGUGCAUCUGCUGCUACCAUCUGCUUCAAUAUUUUGGCAGUGAUGCUUUCCAUGUGCAAAACAUUUGUCUCUUCUCUACGCAACCUCGUCUCCAAGCUUUGCGUGCCUGGAAUAAGAAAACUUUUGGAUGAGAAAAAGUCCAUGCACAUUCUUUGUGGAUUGAUGCUUUGCUUAUUAUCAAUUGUUCACACAGUCGCCCACUGCAUCAACAAUUUCCAGUUUAACGAAAAUUUUAACGAAGAACACCCUGGAGUGAAUUUAUUUCCUAAAAAAGAGCAGAUGGGCAAAUAUUCAGUUUUCUUUACAACAACUGGAGCCACGGGAUUGCUCAUGCUUGUCAUUCUAGUGCUCAUGUUCACAUCUUCUAUCCCAUCUGUACGGCGACAAAAUUACGUCAUAUUUUGGUAUACUCAUCAUUUAGCGUUUCCAUUCAUUGGCUUGCUGCUCCUUCACAGUUACGGGUGCAUCAUAAAGAGGCAGAAAAAUCUCAUUGAACAUUGGCCAGGAUGUGUUUACACAAACGAAACGAAUCGCGCAUCCAAUAGCAUUCCUGAUGACAAGGUAUAUUGCCGAGCGCAUGCUCAGUUCGAUCAAGACCCUGCACAGGCCUGGAAAUGGAUAAUUGUCCCUUUGGUGUUGUAUAUAUUUGAUCGCCUAAUCAGAAGGUGGAGGGGAAGCAAACAUGUUGAUAUUAAAAAGGCCAUUUGGCAUGAAGGCAAUGUUAUUGAGCUUCAGCUGGUUCAGCAUGGAUUCGCAGCUCAGCCAGGACAGUUUAUUCAAAUACAAUGCCCAGAAAUCGCAAACUUUGAAUGGCACCCGUUCACCUUGACUAAAUGUUCUCUAGAAAGCUCAAAAGAUGAUCACUUUUCUGUUCAUGUCAAAGUCGUUGGAAAGUGGACAGAGACCCUAGCUAGUCAAUUGUUCACAAAAUCAAAGACGACCUCGUCCAGAAAGCAAUCUCUGGUGCAGUAUUCGAAAUCACAAAGUGGACACAUCACAAAGUUGGUUAAAAAUAUUGAAUCUUUACGAAUUUUCGUCGAUGGGCCUUAUGGAAGUCCGUGUCAAGAUGUCACUGCAUACCCAAUCAGCAUUUGCAUCGCCGCUGGUAUUGGCGUUACCCCCUUUGCAGCAGUCAUCAACUCUCUAAGAUUCAAUAUAGAACAAGGGAAGCUACGAAGACUCUACUUUAUUUGGGUUUCGAGAAAAAUGGAUGAUUUCCAUUGGUUUCUACAGCUACUUUAUGACUUUAAUCAAGAACUGAUAAAGAUGAAUAAACCCGAUCUUUUUGUUUGCAAAUUCUAUCUGACUGGAAAAAGUGACGAUAUUGAGAAGGGAACAUACAAUCACAUUCACAAUUUGAGCACAGAUUGGUUGAGCAGUAGACUACAGUUUGGCAGGCCAGCGUGGGAAGAUGUUUUUAACAGCAUUUCGCAGAAUCAUAAAAGGGAGAAAAUUGGUGUGUUUUAUACAGGCCCUAGGUCUAUAUCUCCUAUUCUUCUACGCAUGUGUCAUACGACAUGUCGCCAUGGCAAUUCAUUUGAGUACCACAAGGAUAGCUUCGGGUAGACACACAGUGGUCCAGGAGUGAAGGAUCGCUAAAUUCAUAUCUCUGAGGUUGGCAAUUUAGGAAAUUAAGGAUCUUACAGUUUAAAUGUAAGAAAUAGUUCAAUUGUCUAUAGAGGGGAGACAUUAAAAAACCCCAAAACAGCUCCUUUGGGAUGGACAAAUUUAUCCUGAAGAAUUUUUGCGUUGAUAAAUUGGAAUAUCAAGGAGAUAACUUAGGGUAUAACGAAAAAAUUAUAUCUGGUAGUAUAUUAUUGUUAGAAUUAAGUGGGGGUUUCGAAGUCCAAGUUGAGGGGGCUCAGCGAACCUGGACAGGGGUGGUUAAUAGAAUUAGACAAUGCAAAACAGAAAUAUAUGUUGAAAAUGGGAAAAAUGGCAAAUGUAUCAAAUUUCAUGUUAUUAUGCUUUCACUAGAAAAGUAGAAUGAAUCAGUUUUAUUGAUCUGAAAUAAAGUAAUAAACAAGUCAACAAGCUUGUAAAGUUACAUGUAAAGUUUUCGUUGAAAAAUACUUCGUUAUAGCCUUAUUGUGUAGAAAUAAAUUUUAGAGAAAUAAAGUUUUAAUCUUAAUAUCUGAAGAUCCGAAGAGUAUUUGUAGCUUUUAGUUGCGUUUUAGAAUUACCAAAAGUGACAAAUUAUGAGUAUGUGUAAAUUAUAUGGUAGCCUCUAUAUCAGUGAAAUUUUCAAUUUCAUUUUGAUUUUAACUAGGUCCCUUUGUAAAUAUUGCAAAUUUGUAGAUCAGAAAUAGAACUAGCAUGGACAUUUCUGUUCGUAGAAGUGAAUAUGAAUGAUAACAAAUCUUUAUC